CUUUAUUCAAAGCCGGAAAGGCGUGAGAAAAAUCGUUAUUUAUACGUGAGGCUGGGAAGUAUAUAUACGACGUCCGUGCGUCCUCCGGCGGUAGGUGUUGUGAGAAGCUGCGGUAGAUGACAUGGCAACCUUUUGGAGAGCCUACCAGAGAUUGAUGGUCCAGCACCCCUGGAAGGUGCAAAUCAUCACAGCUGGGACCCUUGUGGGUGCUGGAGACGUGAUUUCACAGCAGGUGGUUGAAAGAAGAGGGCUCUCUGGGCACAGUGGCCGGCGGACCCUAAAAAUGAUGACCAUUGGUUUUUGCCUUGUGGGCCCAGUCGUUGGAGGCUGGUACCAGGUCCUGGAUCGUCUGGUGCCAGGCAGAACCAGAGUGGCUGCACUCCAGAAGAUGCUGCUGGAUCAGAUUGGAUUUGCACCCUGCUUCCUUGCCUGCUUUCUGACUGUGGCAGGAACAGUCAAUGGCUUAUCCUUGGAAAAGAACUGGAGCAAGCUCAAGGAGGACUACACUGAUGCCCUGAUCACCAACUAUUAUAUUUGGCCAGCGGUGCAGGUUGCUAACUUCUACUUCAUCCCCUUGAACUACAGACUUGCUGUGGUCCAGUGUGUUGCCAUUAUCUGGAAUUCUUAUCUUUCCUGGAAAGCCAAUCAACUAUAAUCUGGCAUGGGAAGACAUGAAAACUUUGCUUAACCAUAUUAGAACGCCUGCAGAUUUUCUUUACUCUGUUCUUCACUCAUUGCAAACAGAUGAACAACCCAGGACACGAACCAUAUACAACUGCGAAGAUGCCCAUCAGCCAGUGUAUGCAACUGCACAAAGACGUAAUCCUGAAAAGGCCUCAGCUGUUCCCUGAAAAGGAGAGUUGAGCAAAAUAAACCUCUGCUCUGGUACUCUGCUAUUAGCAGUUAAAGAAUCAGACCAGCUACCACAGCUGCCUGAAGGAACGGAAGACAUAGUGUGUUGUGGAACGCAGGAAAUGCUGCAGUCAUCUAGUUAUUUGUCUGUAGAGUGUUUGGUAGGGCCUUGUAGGAAAACAGCUACUUUCUCUGAGCUAUGUUUGCUGUCCUUUAGGAAUGGAAGAAGCUGUUUUAUGCCACAGGCCAGUUAAAGAUUCUUAAUGGCUACACAUAGCACAAGUAAACUUGAUUAGUGUUCCUUUGAUUAAUCCUCAUUUAGCAACUGCCUUGUACAGUGACUGUUUGCAGUUAUGACAGUGUUGAAAAAGUAACUUUGCGACCAAUCUUUGCAUUUACAACCUUCGCAGGUCUGUAAAGCAAAGGAAAACUGAAGUAAGAUCAUAAGUACAGUUGUGGUUUCACUUAGCGAUCGCCUUGCUUAAUGACAAUUGCCAGUCCGAGUUGUGGUCACUAAAUGAGGAUUAUCUGUAUUUAGCUUUUUGGUAGCUUAGUGUGUCGUGUGAACCCAAUCUUCAGUUAGUUUAUGGUUUAGCGUAUCAUUUUAAGAAAGUGGGAAUUCAGUAGCCAGACCAAGCAUCCUGUGUAAAUGUAGCUAUGGAAUCAGACCUUUGGUCCAUCUUGCCUAUUACUGUAAAUAAUUAUUGUAGUGGCUUUUUAGGGUUUUAAGGCUAUUUUUCCACUCUUGCUUUGGCAUAUCAAGAAUUAGAUCUGAGGCCUUCUGAAUGCAAAGCAUGUAGUCUAUUGGUGAACUCACCUCUGAAAUAUUGGGAUGCCGAGGGUCCAACUAAUGUACUUAGCUGAGUUAGUUUUUGAAGAGAAUUUGGAAAAUUGAUCAAGGAGAGAUCUAUCAGUGGCCAUUUGCCAUAAUAACUGCAAGAUACCUCCAUAUUCCAAACCAAUCUUUCAGCAAGUUUCCACUGUUGGUGAGCAUCAGAUAAGAAUGAUUUAACUUCUAGGUUCUGUUUGAGAGCUUCUAAGGAAUCAAAAUGGCUGCUGUGAAAAAUAGAAUGCUUGGUCCAAUCCAGCUGGGAUCAAUUCUUACAAAGUAGGCAAUCACAUGGAAUACAUUUAUGGUGUAGUGGUUAAAGUGUUGGACUAGGAGUGGGAAGACCCAAAUUCUAGUCUCCCAUCAGCCAUGGAAGCUCACUGAGUGAUUUUGGGCCAGUUAGUUCAUUCAGGCCAAUCUACUGGUCAAGGUGGUGGCUGUGGGAGGAAAAUAGGAGGGAACACUAUGUACGCUGUCGUGAGCAUCUGUACAAAAAGUGGUAUAUAAAUCAAAUGAAUAAACCUAAAUGUUUUCACUUUGAA